UGGUUAGAAAACCCUAGGGUUUUAGGAAGAAGAGCGACGAGUGUGUGGAGGAAAAGAAUGAAUUUGGUUGCAGGUUCGUACGAGAAAUUCAUCUGUCUCACCCUAAAGCCCCAAUCUCAAUCCCUAACCCCUCUUUUCUCCUACCCUUCCCAUCUCUCCUCUAUCAAAACUGUCACCGUCUCAGGCUUCGUCGUUGCUUCCGGCGGCGACGACGACACCAUCCACCUCUACGAUCUCUCCGCUGCAUCCUCCCUUGAUUCCCUCCACCAAAACUUUGCCUCUGUCACCGCCCUCUCCUUCUACGCCCCUCCCAAUCUCCCCUUCCGCAACCGCAUCUCCGCCGACGUCUCCCUCACCAUUUUUGACGUAGACGGCUUCGUCCAUCUUACCACACUCUCCGUCCACUGCAAUGCCGAUAUCAACGACCUUGCCUUGCACCCGUCCGAUGAGCGCGCCCUCAAUGUUGCUGACAACUGCCUCACCGUCGUCAACCUUGUCAGCGGCCGUCGCAACCUCGACAAGGAAGCUACUCUGGUCAAGUUCAAUGUGACCGGCGACCACUUUUUUGUGGCCGCGAAGGAGAAAGGUUUUGUCCAACAGACUGAGGAUGCACGCAUAUUUUUCGAAUUGGAAUGCUCCAAGCCCGUUCUCUACGCUGCUCCUGCUAGGGUAGAGGUCGCAAAAGACAAAGCUUUUGAGCGUAGAGUUUUUUUUAUUCCAAGCUCUGGUUAGACUCAGACUGUGAAGAUGAUUUCUAUAGGGUCAAUGGUGGUAAGGAUUCCCUAUAACUCUCUUUCCUUUGGUGUCUUUUUCUGGCUUAAUUAGUUUACUUGGUCAUUUUGUUAUGUGUAAUUAUGAUAUGAAUCAUGAGUCGAGAAAAAUAAACAGUGUAUACACUCCUGAGGAUGUUGGUACAGCAGGUGCAAUUCGGGCUAUUUCUCAUCACCUAACUGCUAAAGACAUUUUGGUGGAAUAUCCUUCCCUCCCUGGCCUGUGAACUCUGUGAUCUAAAUAAUAUUGUUCUUCAUGGAUGUGUUGAUUUUCUACAGGUUGUCAGUGGUUAUCUUGUUACGGAUGUUACUGCUAUGCUCUGCUCUGCUCCUGUGAGUGGACUUUUAGAGUCAGUAGCUUCUAGUGGGAAAGACAAAACCAAGAAACCUGGCCGCUAUGGAUAGGGUUGGAUCCCACAAAGCAGUUUUUAGUUCACAUAGCAACUGGAGCAUAAAUUGAGAAGGAUACUCUCUGCAGUUGGCCAGGAGUUAGUGUUUUCUCCAUCUCCUCGUGGAAGGAGGAAAGUAGAAAUUUCUACUAAUAUAGCAGAAACAUCACUCACAUUAGAGGGAAUUGUCUAUGUUGUUGACAAUGGGUUUUGUAAACAGCGGUUCUACAAUCCGUUAAUCAUUUUGUUAUUUCUAUUGAAGAGAUACAUGAGCCCUGUAAUGAUUAUUUCUUGUUUGAUUUAUAAAUGUAACAUUUGGUCUAUCUUUACUUCUAUUCAAGUUUCUUUUUUGCUUUGCA